GAUAAAGGAAAGAGGAUGGGAGAGAGAGGGUGAACAAAGCGACGAAGGGGAGGGAGAAAGGGAUAGAGAGAGAUAUAGAGAGAGAGGAUGGAGAGUGGGAUUCGUCCGCGGCUACUUCCUCCCCAGCGACCGGUGGCCAUGGAGGCGGUGACCACCACUCCUUCCUUGGCGGCCGCCGCUCCGCACCGCGGAGGCGUGUCCGCGGCCGCGGCCCACUCCUUCUUCCUUCAACUCGCCGUUGAGCAUCUCGGGUUGGUCCUGAGGAGCGGCGUUCACUCCAAAGACUUCUUCCAGUUCUGUUUCUUUGUCGCCAGAGGUAUUGACUAUGCACUAACAAACAACUUCAUUCCUGCAGUGGUUCAUCUUUUACCUUCACUUGUAAAAGAGGUCUACCAGCAUAGAAACAACAGUUCACUUCAAUCAGCUAUUAUGGUGCUAAUGAUUUCUGUCAAGAAUGCUUGUAAGCGUGGAUGGUUUCAAAUUGCAGAUGCUGAUGAACUUCUUAGCAUGACAAAUGAGAUAUAUAGCAGCUAUUGUACAAGCCUUACAGAGGAAGCAAGCAGUGUGUUACAUACUAUUUCAAAAGUUAUGUCUAGGUUUUAUCCCCAAUUGAGGUUAUGCCGUGUCAUUGUUUCUCUGAAAGCAAAGCCUGGUUAUCACAUAUUGAUGGCUGAUUUUCAGAUUGAAAAGAAUAUAUCCCCAGAAGAAAGUAUACGGCUGUUUGUAGCUCAGACAGAUAAUAUAGAAAUAUCAUCUUGUAUCAUGAGCCCUCCACAAGUAAGCUUUUUGGUAAAUGGAAAAGGAGUAGAGAGGAGAAAUAAUGUUUCCCUGGACUAUGGGCCUCAACUCCCAACAGAUAUUACCAAAAUGCUUAGAUGUGGAACAAAUCUUAUCCAAGUGGUUGGAUUUUUUAGCGGUGACUGUAUCAUGGCUAUAGCCUUCAUGAGCAACAUAACUUCUGUUGCUCCAAUGCUUAAAGAUUUUGUUCAACCAGUCAUUUCGACUCUUGAUCCAGAUUCGGAGAUAAUUGAGGGGCCAUCAAGAGUAUCACUUAAUUGUCCAAUAAGCUUAAAGCGCAUAAAGACUCCAGUUAAGGGACAUCUAUGCAAACAUCAUCAGUGUUUUGACUAUAAGAACUUCAUGGAGGUGAAUUCAAGGAAGCCAUCCUGGCGUUGCCCUUGCUGUAACCAGCCUGCUAGCUACGUUGACUUGUGUAUUGAUCAAAAUAUGGUCAAGAUACUGAGUAAGACAGGAGAGGAUACUGAUGAUGUUAUUAUUUUUGCUGAGGGAUCCUGGAAAGCAGUUGCUGAUCAUAAUAGAAGUACAAAUCAACUGCAUGAUGGGACAGUUGCAGUACAGGAAGAUGGUAACUUUGGAUGUGAAUCUAAUAGAUUUUCAAACACUCUGACAAAUGUUGUGGAUUUGACUAUUGAAGACAAUGGUGAGAGUGAUAUUUUGAAAGGCUCAUUAAAAUGGGAUGGUGAGAUCGAGGAUACAAAACCUUUUAAGAAUGUUCCUGUUUUUUCUGUUUCUGAAACUCCUGCAUCACCACUUGGUGGCUGUAUAGCUGUAACCACUCAAGCUACUGCUGACCACAUGGGGAAUGAUACGUGGCCUGGGAAUUGGUCAACUUCUAUUUUUAAUGGAUCAACAAUUUCCACUACUCUGCCUGAUUCGUGUAUUGACGGAACCUUGGCCUCUCUGGUCCCAAAUUUUGUGCUGAAUCCUGUUAUUACAGAUGCAGUUUCGCCUACACUUAAUCAAGAGCUUGCUGCCAAUCAUGAGUUCUUCCAACCAACUCUCCAGAGCAUAUGUCAGGUUAGGCAGGAGAACAUGCAUACUCAAGAGUUGCAUUUUGGAAAUUCUGCUAUGGGCACUGUAUCUGAGAGGCCACUAAUACCUAGAACUGUCACAAGAAACCCCAUAGCAGUGCCAACCCUGCCAAUACGAUCACAGGUAAGCAGUUCAACUCAAAGGACACAAACAAAUGUAGUCCCUUUCAACAUCACACCCAAUAUCAACCCCUCCACUUUGCUCAGUACAAUUCCUUCAGUAAGAGCCGUCCCACAUGGAUUCAGUGCGAUGAGCCAUGACUUCCAAGUCCAGCAAGUUUCAAGGACUUUGGAUGUAGUUUUCCCAUCACAGGGACUGCACUCAAUGACACAGAUUCAAGAUCAUGAAGGACAAUACAAUAUUCUGAAUCCAGCAUUUCAACUGGUGGUUGGACUUCCAGCACUCGACCAAGUCGGCAUGAGAACCUUGGCAGACCAGCAGACAAGACUGGGUACUUAUAGAGCUCAACCACAGACUUUGUCAGACAUUCACAAUUCCCAUCAUCAGCUUCGAAGUCUGAGGACACAUCAAUCCAUGAGCCAUUGUACAGAUAUGCUUCCACAAUCUUCAUGCAUUCCUUCUAUGCAGGCCUGUCAAGCAUCGCAGAAUGCUACUGCUAUGUCAUCAGGGAGCUUGUCAAAUGACUGGAAUCAGCUAUUAGAUGCCCAUCAUGCAAUGCAGAUAAGGCCACGUUCAGGGAUGGUUCUUCCAUGUACAUCCAGAUCAGGAUUAUCAUUCCAAGCAACUGCUGGUGGUUUCAGACGGGCAAGCAAUGAGCAGUUGCAGAACACUUUUGGAGGGCGACAGGCAGUAGCAGGAUUUAAUAGUUUUGUAGAAUCACCAACUGAGCUGAACUGGCAGCCAAUGGGACGGAUGAGGGGAAGCUUAACAGGUGAAGCUUAUUCAGCUGCCCUAAGACACUAUGCAGCUCAGCCAACCCAAGAAGUGCCUGCCAGGCUAUCAGCUGCCUCUACCGAUCAACAGUAGUGUUGAUUCCUGCUAGUAUUAAUGUCCAUAGUUCCCUUGUACAGCAGGCUAACUGGAGGUAUGGUAAUUUAAUAAAUCAACCAGGAGAUUUGAGCAUCCAAGCAGAGUAAGCUUUUGGGAUGCAUUAAUUUUGGUUCCUUCUGACUAUAGACAUUGGAAAGUACCGGAAGCUACAAAGUUACAUGUGACUACUUUACAUCCAUCUUUCGCAUCUCCAGGCAUCUUUGAAGUUCUGCGCAUUGAUUGGGUGUGACUGCAUGGGCUCUUUUGGAUACAGAAUUAUUUCUAUGAAGCCACUAGGAAUGUAAAUAAAUUUAUUUUAACUUUCUGGUGAUCAUUAUGCAGAAAACCUUCCUAUUGUAUAGGGUAGCUUUAUUGUGAAAGUGACAUGCACCGCAAGAAUUGUUACGUGGUCACGACAUUUGGUAUAUUAACAUGGCUAUAAAUGGUCGGCAAGGUACCAUUUGAUGUUUC